AUGGUCUUUCACCUACAAUCAUCAUCACUACUUGUAGUACAAGCCAACGAGAUGGAUGACACUUGCAACAAUGACACGCAAUGCGAGAAUGGUGGAGUUUGUGCGGAGCCCAAUGAGAAUCAUUCGUACAAGUACUGCCACUGCGCUGUAGGCUUUGCCGGCAUUCGAUGCAACAGCUUUUGUCCAUUGCAAUGUCAGAAUGGUGGCUACUGCCGAUAUCAUCAAAUGUCCGAGCCUCGCUUUCAAGUCGAGCUAGACCGCAAUCCUGACGACUACGUUUGUCAGUGCUUUGGACUGUUUGAAGGGAAAUACUGUGAGAUCCCGUAUAUGAAUUGUGGAGAUGGUACAAAAUGUUACAAUGGUGGGACCUGUCUUUUUCGGGCUGGCGCCAAGAGUGUGUGCGAAUGUCCACCUGGAUUUGGUGGUGAAAAGUGCCAAUCUACGGUAGCUGCCACAGACUCGGAACAGUCGGCUGCAUCCAUCAUUGACGACUUUGAACGUGGGUUUCACGGGAACAAGACAGCAUUGGUUUGUUCGAUUCUACUCAUUAUCGUUACGUGUGCGGGCCUCUCAUGGUAUUCCAUCACGUACUGUCUGCUCGAAGACGACGACGACGAGGAGAUGAAAGACGAUAGCGUGCCAUAUGAGGCAGUGGAGAUUACGGAAGGAACUGAAACUGAUACUGAUUUGGACAUUUCAAUGCCAACAUGGAGGAAUGUUGUAUGA